GAUCAGUUGACCCUCAAGGAUUAUUUCAGUGGAAUCCGAGACUUAAAAGUGCCUCAACUUUUAACCAAGUAAACAUCGUAUUCUAGAUGACAUUUGAACUACUUUAGAAUAUCCGCAUUUUUACUGAUCUGAGUUCAAUUCAAGGGAUCAACUUGAUCAUUCGUAAAGAAGAUUUUGUUUACAAGCUCAUAUAUUCAGUCGUUACCAUAUUGCAGACCCAAUUACAGAGACAAAAACCUUUCUAAAAGAUUGACCACUUGGAUCGGGAGCGGCCGUGAUACGUAUACAAAAAGUGUUCAUGUUUAAGCUUCCGCAAGUCAGUUAGAAAGCUUACUUCUUUAUUUUGUUAUCUUAUUGAUGUGAGAGCAUAACAUGAGACAGCUUCACGCAAGAAGUUUUCGUUCCAAAGGACUGCCUGAACGAUAGCAUAAUAACUUUCAAACUUGGCUAAAAAUAAAGCAUGUAGGCACAGUCUGAUAAAUCGUGAUUCUAUUCAAUGUAACUAGCUUCCAUUCAUAUAAUUAAUAAAUUGUAUUUCAGCCCGGAAUGGCGUUACAUUCUUUUUAUUAAAAUUUGCAUGUAUAUUUAUAUAUUGAUCUUCUUAGAUGAUGAUAAAUAGUGCGCUACUGGCAUGUUGAGAUGGAUCUACUCGAUCUUCAGUCACACUCUUUGCCCACACAAAGAUGUGCAACUGAUCUUCAUUUAAGCGAGAACUACUAAGUCGCAUUCGACGACCAAAUGCCUAUUUACAAAAUAGCCGCUUUCUUAAUUCGAUACUUCAAUCUUCUUUAUUCAAGACCUUAUGGCAAUUGAAAAUUAUGAUGUUUGUUCAGCUUUUUCAUUAUCCAGAUGUGGUUGGCGUGAUCUAUUUUUUGUGCCUUACUUAAUGUUAAGCCCUAGCUACUGCAAGAUAAUCUCACAGUGGUAUAAGAUAGCUAGAAGUUUUUCUAUACAUUUUUGCGAAAAUUAUAUGUAGACACGCCUUAGUUCCUCCAUAGUUUGUGUUGAGCUCCUGCCACGAUGUUUGUCAAGAAAGUCCAGAGUUUACAUAUAAAGAUAAGUAGGCUCAAAUUUUGUCAUUUACUCCUUGGACCCUCCUCCGUAAUUACGUUCAAGAGAUGAAACCCUUUAGAUGACGCUAUACGUUUAACCGUGAUACCGUAUUGAUGUAUGUCGUCUACGUAACUUCCGUGACAAUACCCGGCGAAAGAAAAACGUACUUGGGGCUUGCGAAUGGCUUUUUACGUGGUUGUCGUCGUCGAAGUUAAGCAGACUUUCUUAACUUUCACCCUGUCGACUGUUGUCCUGUCCUACCUCCCUUUCCGAACUUAACGGCUUGUCGUCUAUUUCCUCGCCAAAAUCCGCUGAGUGUUUCUAGAAAAUGAGAUUUAUUAGCCCGAGAAUUAAAUAAAACAUGAACAGUAUACCUAAAUCCCGCAUUGCACUUCUUUUCAGCUACGUCAACGAACAGAUGACAAUCGCAGAAAGGUACCUAAUAUUAGCCUGUAGCCGGAAUGAUCUUCGAAAAUUAGAGCAAAUACUUAUAGGCUAAAAAAAUAUUCAAUCAUUAUGUAAUUCAUAAUGUAAGUACGUUCGUUGCUCGGUUCAUUUUCGUUGUGGCAGCUCGUUCUUAAACACACUGAUCUUUACCUAUUUCGCGUUCACCCUCCCCCUUAACGUCGUUCGUCCUAAUCACUGUCACUUCUUUGUUUGAUGCGGCGUGAGACAGCCCGUCACCGCCAGCUCACGUAAAUGCUUGAAGUAAACGCUAAGUAAACAGCUUAUAAAUGAUGCGCGCACAUUCGAAAAGAAGCGUCUGUACCUGUGUCCGCUCAUCUUCCGACGGCCUACCUUCGGGCGCCUACAUUCACCCGUCAGCUAGCAGGCGGCAGUGAAUGCGGCAUAGUUGACACUGGCUAAGCCAGUGACCACCCGUUAGUAACAUCCGUGCGCAACAUCGGCUACCGUCAAUACCCCUGUCCCCAGAGUCACUGUUGUCGCUGGUGAGCGUGCGGGCAAACGAAAGUUUAUUCUGUGAGCGAUGCUCUGCUGAUGGAUUGAGCGAGACAAUUCGCCGAGUAACGGGCCGAAGCGAUCACAAACAACGCAGCGACGGAGAUAACCAACAACUCUUUACCACUGGCCCUACUCGCGGUGGUGAUGCUGCUAUUGCGCCUUACAACUUGUACAAAGCAAUGGAAAGAAAAGUGGCUGACGGUACUGCUGUUCUGCUAACACCAGCAACAGUCACAACAAUAAAAACAAUAACAGGGACCAACGUCUCGGUUGGUUGGUAUUCCUAUGCCAUUUUACUCAUAUGGCGCCUGUGGGCAGCAUCAUCAGCGCUUGCGGCGGCAGUGGCGGUCACAUUAGUAGCGGCGGCCGGGAAAAAUGACACGCUGUAAGCAAACACACGGGGAGGUUGUGACGGAAGGACGAACAGCGAAUGGCGAACAAGCGAAGUUAGGCAAGCUACAAAGCGACAACAGCUGCGAUCAGUAAGCAGCCGGUCGUCGGUCGGUACCGCUGCCACUGUUAUUGCCCUUACCAGAGAAACGAGCUGAUCUCCUCCUUACUGUCGUAUCCCGUUCCACUUGCCUGCUUUCAUAUUCUGCCCCUUUCACCUUCUAUAGUUUGUUCAUCUGAGAUGGACCAUUAACUAUUCUGCGAUCUCGAAUCGCAGCUAGUGGUUAUUGGCGAUCAGGGUCGUUAUCUGGUAUCGAACCGAUGUCUGUUAAACGACAGCCACUUGUCAACGAAGUGGAUUGCGCCGUCAACGUAUUGAUUGACGCCUCGUGAUUGUGAUCGCAUUUGUAUUCUGAUAAACGUUGUGUUAGAACUCUGCUGCUACCACUGCGGUUCUGAAUAAAAGGAAGAUUUACUAUGCUACGGAUUACAGCUGGAUCGGUCAAGAGUGGUGUAGCUCCUGUGAACAUGUGUUUGACCUGAAGAAGCCACAACUGCUGAUAGGAUAGAAUUUGCUGAGGAAAUUUCAAGGUUCAAAGAGAGGCGAACUAUUCAAGUAUGACGGCGUCGGUUAGUCAUCACGAGGAGGCGUUCGGACUGAACGUACUCAAUUCUGUACGAGAGAUGCAACAACAGGGUGCGUGGUGUGAUGCACGUAUCACGUGCGCGAAUGGCCGUGUCCUCUGUGUUCAUCGCGUACUGCUAGCCGCAGUGUCUCCCUAUUUCCGGGAGAAAUUCGCGCAACAAUAUGUAAAUAUUAACGUGCAGUUCGGCUCCGACGUAAUGAUCCAGCUCGUCAAGUACUGUUAUUCAGGCGAAAUAUCAAUCGGCAUAAAAAUCUCACUCGACAUUUACCUGGCAGCGCGGAAGUUCCAGCUGCACGCCCUCUACGCAACAGCUGAGCGACAUCUUCUUAACAACCUCGAAUCGAUCGUCAGUAGUGGCCGAUUCAGGGGGCUCGAUGUGGAAGCUUUUGAACAAGUCGUUGAACAUCUACCGAUAUCAAACGCCCGUCAGAUCUCAAUGAUAUUCCGGGCCCUUGUCAGUUGGCUUGAAUAUGACCAUAAUGGACGGCUGCCUUGGUUUGCUUCGAUGAUGACCCGCAUUGGGGAAAAAUAUGGCUCAAAGGGCUACUACAACUUUAGGAUUCUCGCAAAAGACCACAAAGAGCCCCUGCAAUCUUUGCAGACGAUUACUUGCCGCACGAAGUACAUGCUGCUUCGAGAUGCCAUAUACUCAUACGAGGACUCGGUUCUCAACGAGGUUCAAUGGAGCGACCUGAUGUGCGAAAGAAAAAAGCCCAAUUGCGCACUUGUCGUACCGCUGUGCUUGCAAGCCGGAUUGUUUCUCUCCGUUCAUAAAACGAAUGAUGGUCGUCUUCGGCUUAGUCGACACUGGUAUGGCAGCACUAUAGCACACGGAGAUAUUAAGGUUGUGACCCAAAACCAGAUGUAUGUUGUCGAUUGCAAAAACGCCGUGAGAAUCCUGCGAGUGGACUCCGGGCAAUUCCUGAUGGCCGACACGAGUAAACGUGUCCCCGCGGCCCUGGAUCAAAUCUACAAUAUAUCUGCUGACCAAUACGAUCGUCUUGUGAUCUACGGAUCUCGAGACGGACAAAAAAUGCUGACGUAUGAUUGUGCUGGGGCAAGUCUAACCCUUGAAGAACCCGACAGGGUAGCGCGUGCACUCGACGUCGUUCACAUUCCUGGCACGCAAAUCCUCUAUCAGGUAUGGAGUGGUCACCUGGAAGAGAUCCACAUCACGAAAGACCGCUGCGUGCCCCGUUGGCCUAAGCGUGUAAUCUUUUUGCCAAAGGACACCCAGGUCAGGCGCAUUCUGCAUACGUUUUGUGACAAGCAGGGUAUCGUUAUUCUUGUUCAAGACGUCUGGUCCUCCAGGCACUCGGUGUUGCGCUACUCCCAAAAUCAAUGGGAGAUGCUGCUUCAACUCGACGGGCUUGAGCUGGGCGUAUUUUAGAGCAAUGAUGUGGUAAGCUCCCCAAGCUAGUUGGAAGCAUAAUACGGAUAAGAUCCCAUAAUGAAGUGCUGUAGCUGGAUCGCGCGUAAAGCUGCUGAGGAUGACGCUGUGGUGACAAGCAGGUGGCGAAGGUGCUGCAGUUAAAGUUGUUGUUAUUGCAAGUUAUAACGGCUGCGUUUGCGACGGUGCCCGCUGUUGCCCCGCUGAUUGCUACUCGAUCGAUCUCCGAGCCGUCUGCUAUCUUUUCCUGAUCGAAUUCUGUGAAAUAUCGCAUUGUCGUGCAGUGAAACGCUGCUUGUUUUUCCCAAAACACACAGCAUUUUCUCGUCUUUAGUCGACUAGUACGGCCUGACUAUCUGUACAUACGCUAUAUUCAUUCGUGUACACGAUUUACUGUUAUUGUUUUCUUGUUGCUGGCUCAACGAGAUAACGCUCUUCAUACUGUGAAUAAUAUCAGCAAUAAUUGUCAUAGUGAUAAUUGUUGUAUGAAGCUGAUUUAUUUAUUUUGAUAACAUCGAAUUCGUUGGAUGAUUGUCCAUUGCUUUUAGGCAGUAUUGGAUGCCGGUAGCUUGUUUUGCGCUGAAAUUGGGCACUGAAUUUUUUGAUCGAACGUUACCGUAAAAGCCCGACCAAAAAUGGGAAGUUUUAAGAGACCAACAGGGGUACCGUAAAGGUGCCUUUAUUGGUCUCCUAGAGUGAAAGGCUCAUUAAACAGCGUCGAAUUUGCUGACCAGGUCGUACAGCUUGGUAGCGUUACCAAGCGAUGUAGUCGAACUAUUGGAUAUAUAUAUAUAUAUAUAUAAAAUAAUAAUGAAAUAAACAUAUGAUGUAAUAAUUUAAUGGUAAAGUUAAUCAAAACAAAUAUCAAAAUGUUUUAUAUACUAUCUUCUACUGUAUUGCAAAUCAUCUAUACGGUUUUUGUUUGUACCACCACUACCACUAAUAGUAAUAAUAAACAGACAAUCGUACCACUUAGCUAUCAUAUUGAAACGGAUCGAUUAAGCCCCCUAUCUGUUUACGGGCGCUCUGACCAAACACACAAACUACCGAUCGGCCAACUCUCAGGCUGUCAUUUCAUGAGUCAAUUACUGAGCCAUUUUGACGAAAAUAUAGAUUAGCUAGCUUAUAAUACGAGCAGUUCCAGGACAGUAGACAUACUAUAGACAAUAAUUAUCGUCACUGCUAUCUUCAUCCAUUGUAUGGUGGGUUUUGUCCGUAUAAUUGCUUUAGCAGAUUGGCGCAGACAAACAACAGUCGGCCAAUCAGUUUUCACUAACGGCGGCGUGUCUUUCUCGUCUCGUAAGAGAAUUACAUCAGACGAUUUUUCCGUUAUCUUAUCGAUAAAGAGUUAAAAACGUGAAACCCCCUCCCCGCUCUCGGCAGCCCCCAUAUACAGGCUGUAAGGGCAACUAGCAUCGAAUCAUGACGUUACACAUUCUCAAUAUGGCUGGCGUCUAGCAAGUAGCGCUCGGGGGACCAGUGCGUUGCUUGACUUCACGGAGAUUGCAGAUCUCCGAAUAGAUAAUUGUUUUGAGUAAGUUAUUGAUGCAGUUACAGCCGCCAGAACAGAGAUGGUACCCUGAUGAAACAUUGCGUGUACAUUUGCUUACGCAUGAUUUACCUUUUUGUCGAGUCAUCCAGCUAGAAAGUAGAUGCGUUUUUAGUCUCUUUUUUGCCAAUAGAAAUCUAUUCUCUACCUUCAUUUAUGUCCAUUGUGAGAACAUAACUAGUAUUAAAUUUCUUAUUAAUUUAAUAUAGCCAAUGAAUUUUUAGCAUCACUAAAAAAAGUUCAGAACAUUGGCCUUCCAUAUGUACGCAUGAACUUCAUAUUGCUCCUCGCUCGUUUAUUUCACGCAAUUGAUGAUAUCGAUAACAAUGAUGAGCAGAGUAAUAAAUACCUCAUUUUAUUUUUCGCCCUUGUUUCGUUGUUUGUUUCUCGUUUUUCCUUUUAUUCAUAGCCGUUCGUUCGUUCGUUCGUUCUCAGCACGCCAUGGCCAUUGUUUUAGCAGCAUUAGUAUAACGUUGUGUUAUUACUGUAAUAUCAGUCAUCAUUACUAUGAAUUAUUGAAUGUUAUUAUUAGGUAUUGUCUGCACAAAAUCCUAUUUCUUCACAAGUGGUUUGUUUUUGUAUGUCACCCAUAUCCUUUCCGCGAUAUAUUUGCCCUUGUUAUUGUGAUUGACUCGCUAUGAUUGUUGCCUGGUCUCAUCUGAUGAUGUCACCUUUCCGAGAGUCGUUACAUUAGCACGCCUUGGCCGCGUCUUGUCAGUCGCGACAAAUUUCCCAAGUUGUUGUAGCAGUAGCGUCAAGAGCGUUUCGACCGAAAACGCUUCCGUCAAUUGCUGGCAUCGUUCCGACUACUGGGCGUCUUUUAAGCUAAUAUUCCAAGAACUUUCUUCCUUUUUUUUGAAAAGCUUAAUCACGUAUAGAUAUGAUAUUUUGACGCCGCAGGUAACUCCCAUGGAACUCUCAGCUUCCUAGUCAGGUUUCUCAGCUAGCAGGUCUACGUGUUUAUCUAAACGUAGAUUUUACAUUUAAUAUACUAGGUACUACAAUUGAGAUUAUAAUUAUGGACUAUCAAAUGGUUCCUAUGUCCAUUUUAUCCUACACGAUUUAUCUGUCAGACUAAUCUAUUUCGAUUUUCUGAUUUAAAUAUAUAAAUCUCGUCCCUGCUCAAAAAGUGCAAUCUCCGAUUUCGCUUUAUUUAUCCGCUUUCUCCAGAAAAACAAAAAGCUCCUACGAACACUACGACGCUGAACGGGUUCCCUAUAUGUUUGUGCAUCUGUUAACUUGCCCCCUUUCAAGUGUUCCCGUUUACCAUUAGGCCAAUUUUGACUGACCGCAUUUAUGUUGCGUCCGCCAGGUUUUUCGACGAUGUUGCGUCAUCGUUCGCGGUACGCAGGCCGCGUACAAGAUUACUGCAAAUAGCUGCUAUCGUUCGCACCUAUUAAAGAGAUCUGCCCUUUAUUCGAAGCCGACAAUUCUUUCUACGUAUGCAUGAAGCUCUAAGGCCAUCAGGGCAUAAGAAAGACACCCAAUCAACGCGCCGACCAUCACCGACCUGACCCUGAUCAGACGCGUUCUAGCGCGUUCGUAUCGCUUUCAUCGCUACUUAUUUCCUGUUGGCUGACAUAGGUGUUCCUGACUGUCCGCUUUUCGAUGAGGGGAAAUCCGACGAACGUCGUUACCAUAGUGAAGAGCAUGCGCGCGGGGCUCUUGACUGCGCCAUCGAACAGAGCAGACUGGGCCGCGAUUCGUCGCGCACUGUUUUGCUUCUUUGUUAGAAUGCUGUACCUGUUCGACCUCUCUUUCCUGCUUAUCUCCCAAGCCUAUUUUUUUGCCCUCCAACUAUAUUUGUAGCAAUAAUAGAAGAUUAGAGCCAACAUUUUCCGUCGAUUAGCAGAAAUAACGGCGUUAGUAAUAAUAACACAUCAUAUUUGUGAAUGCGGGAGGGUAAUAAUUAUCAUAAUUGUAAUGUUCCAGCAAUGAAGGUGUUCGACACAUGUAUCGUUAUUAUAACUUUUCCUUUUAUAGCGGCUGACCACGAAAAACAAAACGAUUUGAUGAGUUAUUUUCAGCCAGCGAUUCUCAGUGGUUUUCACGGUGUAACAGGAAUAUAUAUAUAUAUAUAUAUAUAUAUAUGGUUUUCGUUAUUACCUAUUGCACUAAUAUAAAUGUUACUAAUACAUCUACAUCGGCAAUAUAAUAUCAUCUUUAGCGGAAUUAAGUACGCAGCAUCCCUCCUCUUUUGUCAUCACUUCCACUUAUUUUUCCCUAACUUUUCACAUUUCGUUCAACUCUGUUUUGCUUGUUCACCCCAGAGAGAUUGUCCAGACGGCAAAUUUUAUCCUCUUUAUGUUACGGAAGAUUGUCGGAAAGGCUAUGAAGGGAGUGCACGUUAGUACGAUGGGCGCACGGACUAAUGUCGAUCGGAGACUCUCGAAGGAAAGAAUAUUUCUCGCCAUUCCUACAAUGGUGGGAAAAGUGGAGGAACUUAAUUUUGCACCAAUAAACAUCGCCACUACUGUUACUAUCGUGUAUAUCAUUAAAAACAAUAUUACUAGGAUAUCAUAUAUUGUCGUGGUUCCUGCGUGCUGUCAUCCUGAAGUGACGUUUUUGUAAGUUUUCAUCAAUAUAUUAUCUCAUCGCCAACUUGCUCAUCAUCGUAGUCAAUAUUGAUAUUAUGGCAUUACCGUUUUGUUAUAAAUAGUAUCCGUAUUUCAGCCGGUAGUUCUUGAGCGAAAAAGCUUUCCAUACACAAACAUCAAUGCUGAUGUCAUUGUUAUCGUCGAUCGGCGUUCCGAAAAAGAAGAGGAAAAAAAGGACGAACUAUAGCCAAAACUAGACGUGGAAGAACGUGACGCUAUGCACGCGCGGUAUCGCCACCAUCAUCACCGACACCAUCGUUGUUAGCAUGCCUUCUCUGUCUAAUAGAUAUCGUAGUGUACUACAACUUUUGCACGACAUGAAUUGCAUCACGUAUUUUUCAUUUUUUGCCCAGCUCUAUACCUUCCUGCAAACGCAAACCAGAUGAGUCAUUUCUCAUCUCUUCCUUGUAGCUCCCUUCGUUUUCUAUUCGCACCGUGAACGCACGCUCCCUCGAAAACUCCCGUACUGGUAAUGCGUCUAACCCGUAACUUUAGACCGUUCUUCUAGAUCGGUCAUGGACGUUCGACACCUAUCUUUCGAUUCCCUCAGCGUAUCGCGCGAAUUGCAUCUGCCCAUCUUCACACGCGCGUUUCUUCUUUCUUUCUUUCUUUCUUUCUUUUCUUUUCCUGAUUCUUCGUCAUGCUGCUUUCAUCCCUGUAUCAUAACCAGGAUAUUUUCCAGUUUUUUUUUUUGCUUUCCACAUUCUUCGAGAGGGUGACGUGAGGGAUUGGCGAAAGUUGCGCCCCGGUCAGGCACCUCAUUUUUCCACUACUUAUUGACAUAGCAGAACAGAGAGACCGAGAGAAAAGGUCAGUGGGAAAGAUAUUGCUUACAGAUUUUGCCAAAAUUUAUUUUCUCUGUUUCAGGUCAAAAAAAGGCCAAUUUCUUGUUAUUCUUACUGCCACCAGUUGUGUGAUCAGUUCUUUGAUUCGUACCGUGUAUUUCUUCAUUUAAUUACAUAGGGCCAACUUAUUCGAAAAAAACAGCUAUUUCUUAGAACGUUCCAGGAAUGGCAGUAGUGAUUAGUAUUUAAAACGGAAGAAUGGAGAAGCUGUUGUUCUCCGCGAAGGAUCGCCGUUCGUUAUUAACCGUUACGAUUUAUUUCCCAUUCUAGUACACUUCUUCGCAUUUGUGUUCAUUCCGAAAGUCUCUUCCCGUCUAUUUGCCCCCAUUCCUGCGUUUGUCACCAGAAGCUGUUCGCGGUGCUAUCUUUCCUACAGUGUUUAUUGUAAUAAUAAUAUUCAGCAUCAUCAUCAUCAUCAUCAUCAUCAUAUAGUAACCGCAAUAGCAAUAGUAAGGUUUGUCGUGCCAUUAAGAAGAUUCAUUCUCUGCCCCACCUUCGACUUUGAGCACAUUCAAUCACUAGUGAAGAUCAUUAGCAUUUUCAUCAAUAUCAGCAUUGUUACUAUAAUUCAUUGGAAAUUAUUCUUAACCUCGGCAUCGUUAUAGGUCGUUCGUACUUGUCCGCCAAUUUUUUUUUUUUUUUUUUUUAAUGUUAAUUCCGCCAUUGAAUGAAGCUUUACUUUA